AGUCGUUAAGAAUGGCGGAAGAACAUCAAAAACCCCAGCAGCAGCAGCAGCAGCAGCAGCAGGGUGAAGUGAACCCAGAAAAUAAGGUGAUGGCCGAGAGCGAGUCUGGGGCGGAUCCCAGUCUCAGCAAUAAUGCUGCUGCCGACACGCCGUUAAGUGACGCGGCCCGGAUACAGGAAACGUUCUCGCGUGUUAUGCAGAAGGUCAAGUCGGCAUACACUAAAGAGCUGCAGAGAAAGAAGCAAGUGGAUGUGACUUCCUCCGUCGACAUCAUGAGGAAAAACAUUGACGAAACCAACGACUCCGAGUCCAACGAAGAUGACGAAGCCAUGCAAGCCAUGUCAAAGGAAAUUGAAGUCACCCGACGUUUGCUGGAAGUAUCCAAACUGCGGGAGGAGCAAUCGAAGCAAACGAUCGCCCAGCUGGAAGCGGAAGUGAGCAAACUCCAGAAAUUGGUGGAAGAAGAGGAGGUGCUAAGACGUGACGAAGGGCUGACUCUGCAGCAGCUGAUUGUCCUCAAGAAGCAAUUGACGAUCGACAAUGAGAAACUGGCCGGCGAAAAUCAAACGUACUCGCAGCAAUUCAUUUUGCUCCAGACGGAACUUCAGGACGCCACCGUUGACAAGAGACGACUGGAUUUGCGGCUGGUUCAUUUGCAACAGGAAUUACUGGCCCUGAGAGAAGAGCUGGAAGCCGAAGUCAAAGCGAGCGCAGUAGUUCGACAGCAACGCGAUGCCAUUCGCCACGAAUCGGAUCUCAGAGAAGCGGAAAUAGCUGAACUUGGCAGUGAAUUGGAAAAAUGUCAAACAGAAAAUUCAGCUUUGAAAACUAGUCAAGACGAUCUAGAGGCAGAACACCAAAAGUUGGUUCAGGGGACUUCGGCUCUUUCGGCUCGAUGUGACCAAUUAAUUCGCGAAUUGGACUCGGCCAAGAAAAUGUUAGCCGGAAUGGACGAAGAAAAUGCUCAGUUGAAUGAUCAGUUAAAAUUGACUCAUAACCUAAUUCAAGAACGAACGAAGGAGAUCAACAAUUUGGAAACGUACAACAAGUCUGCGCUGGCAAGGAUCGAACAUUACGAAAGAGAGUGCCUCAAAGCCGACACGGAGAGAGAGCUGUUGGAAACGCAGCUCGACAAACUAGACAAGGAACUGUAUCAAGUGCGGUACGCUGCCACUGAAGAUCGACAGGGCAACGACAAGAUCAUGCGAGAAAAUCGACAACUUCACGUGCAAUUGCACGAACAUCUCAUUGCCCGGGAGAAGCAAAGUGAAGUGUGGAUAGUUCAACAGGAGACAAUCAGACGACUGGAACAACUCGUUCGAGAGGACGAUAGCAAAGGAUCUAAAAUGCGUUUGAAGUUGUCCGAGAUUGAAAGAGAAAACAUCCGAUUAAUGAUUGAAAAGGAAUCUGUGCGUAAAUCAUUUCAAGAGUCGGUGGAUAAGUUGAGCGCCAAGGAGAGGGAAUACAUACUGUUAGUGGAAAAUCGUUCGAUCCUUGAGAAACAAAUUCUACAACUUCAAUCGGCCGAAGAGAAUGCCAGUCACAUCAAAUCGUCGCUGGAUUAUGAACUUGCAAAAAUUAAAGAAGAAAAUUAUGAACAAGAUAAAAGAAUUAAAACGUUAACUUUCAUGGUUGAAAAACUCAAAGAGGAACUGUCGAGUAAGGAGGCUUUGCUGAUGCACGGAAAGCGAGUGAGACAGCAACUUGAAAGGGAUUUAGUUACAUUUAAAACUAACGUGGAAGAUCUGAAAAAGGCAGAUAAUGAGGGACGAACGCAGGCUUUGAAACAAGAAAAACAAUUGCAAAAAUUGCAGUUGAUGUUGCAGCAAGUGAAUAACAGUUUGAGGGAAGCCGAACUUCAGAUUCAGGCGGAGAAAAAUUCGAAUGGAAACAUCGAACAGCGUUUUUCUGUUCAACGCGACCAAUUGGAAGAAACCAAAAUGCAACUGAGAGAUCAAGGAUGGAAAAUGCAAGAACAGGCUGCAGUCACCAAACGACUGGAAACGGAAUUGACUUUACUUCGCGCUGAAUUAGAAAUUAAGGAGCAAGAGAAAAAAGCCUUGUGCCAGAAAGUGUACCAAUCGAACAACUUGCAACGUGAUUAUGAACACUUACGGGAGACGCUUCUUCACGAACAAUCGCGGCGUUCCGCUCUUGAAACUCUCAAAUCGACGCCUGUCUUGGUUCAUCCCUGGAGAAUUUUGCAGGCUGCGAAUCCCACUGCCUACGUUACGAUGAUGCGUGAGCAAGCUGCCAAACGAAACAAGAUCAAAACUACAAAAGGAAGGACCGUACUUCCAGAUGUGGCCCCUAAACGCCUCCUAUCAAGUUUCUCUCGACAUGGACCCAAUAAUGAAUUGCAAGUUGCCUUAAUUAAGGCAAUUAUUUAA